AUUCUUUAUUUCUUUCUGUUGUGUGUGUGUGUGUUCGUUCUGCAGGUGUUUUUCCGUGCAGGGACUCUCGCUAGACUGGAAGAGCAAAGAGACGAGCAGACGAGGAGGAACAUCUCCCUCUUCCAGGGGGUGUGCCGGGGCUAUAUGGCCAGGCAGUCGUUCAAGAAGAGAAAGAUCCAGGCUCUCGCUAUCCGCUGCAUCCAGAAGAACAUCAAGAAGAACAAAGGUGUUAAAGACUGGCCCUGGUGGAAGCUCUUCACCACAGUGAGGCCCCUGAUCGAGGUGCAGCUCAGCGAGGAGCAGAUCAGAGGCAAAGACGAGGAAAUUCAGCAGCUUCGCAGCAAACUUGAAAAAGUGGAAAAAGAGAGGAAUGAACUGCGACUGAACACAGACCGUUUGGAGUGCAGGAUCACGGAGAUUUCCUCGGAGCUCGCGGACGAGAGGAACACAGGAGAAUCGGCUUCCCAGCUUCUAGAGUCAGAAACUUCAGAGAGGCUGCGCUUGGAGAAAGAAAUGAGAGACUUGCAGGCUAAGUUCGACGUGGUGAAGAAGCAGAUGGACUCCAUGGAAAUGGAAGUGAUGGAGGUGAGGCUGAUGAGAGCGGCGGAGCUCAACGGAGAUCUGAACGAUGACGACGACGACUCGGGUGGAGAGUGGCGCUUGAAGUACGACCGGGCGAUUCGAGAGAUCGAUUUCACCAAGAAGAGGCUGCAGCAGGAGUUUGAUGACAAGCUGGAGGUGGAGCAGCAGAACAAGAGACAGCUGGAGAGACGGCUGACAGAUCUGCAGGCGGACAGCGAGGAGAGCCAGCGCACCGUCCAGCAGCUCAAGAAGAAAUGCCAGCGGCUGACCUCCGAGCUGCAGGACACCAAGCUGCACCUGGAGGGCCAGCAGGGACGCAACCACGAGCUGGAGAAGAAGCAGAGAAAGUUCGACUCUGAGCUGUCUCAGGCCCAGGACGAGGCUCAGAGAGAGAAGUUCCAGAAGGAGAAUCUGAGCCGGGAGAAGGACGCUCUCACCGGGGAGGUGUUCAGCCUCCGACAGCAGCUCGAGGACAAGGACUCGGAGAUCAGCGCUCUGAACCACAAGGUGGAGCAGCUGGAGGUGGAGCUGCAGGAUCUGUCCUCCCAGGAGUCGAAGGACGAGGCCUCCCUCUCCAAGGUCAAGAAGCAGCUGCGCGACCUCGAGGCAAAGGCCAAGGAUCAGGAGGAGGAGCUGGAUGAACAAGCAGGGACCAUACAGAUGCUGGAGCAGGCGAAGCUGCGUUUGGAGAUGGAGAUGGAGCGGCUGCGACAGAGCCAAUCCAAGGAGAUGGAGAGCAAGGAUGAGGAAGUGGAGGAGGUCAGGCAGUCCUGCCAGAAGAAGCUGAAGCAAAUGGAAGCGCAGCUGGAGGAAGAGUAUGAUGAUAAGCAGAAAGUCCUCCGUGAGAAGAGGGACCUGGUGAGCAAGCUGUCCGCGGCCAGUGAGCAGGUCACCCAGCGCGACUUCGAGACAGAGAAACGGCUGAGGAAGGACCUGAAGCGCACUAAGGCUCUGCUGGUGGAUGCACAGAUUAUGCUGGAUCAUCUGAAGAACAACGCACCGAGCAAGAGGGAGAUCGCACAGCUCAAGAACCAGCUGGAGGAAUCUGAGUUCACCUGCGCGGCGGCGGUGAAGUCUCGUAAAUCCAUGGAGGUGGAGAUUGAAGACAUGCACAUUCAGAUGGACGACAUCUCCAAGACCAAGUCAGCCCUGGAGGAACAGGUGAGCCGCCUGCAGCAUGAGAAGAACGAGCUGCAGUCCCGUCUCGAGGAGGACCAGGAGGAUAUGAACGAGCUCAUGAAGAAGCACAAGGCUGUUGUCGCACAGUCAUCGAGAGACCUGGCUCAGAUCAACGAUCUGCAGGGUCAGCUGGAAGAAGCGAACAAGGAAAAGCAAGAAAUCCAAGAAAAGGUAGGCAGGAGCUGUGCGCUAAAACUGUGCUGAAUCUGCAGCCUGCCG